AUGUAGCCCGCGAGAGAAAAUGGCGGCGGCGGCGGGGAAUCGCGCCUCGUCGUCUGGAUUCCCGGGCGCCGGGGCGACGAGCCCCGAGUCAGGCGGCGGCGGAGGGGCUCUCAAGGCGAGCAGCGCUCCCGUGGCAGCCGCAGGGCUGCUGCGGGAGACCGGCAGCGGGGGCCGCGAGCGGGCUGACUGGCGGCGGCGGCAGCUGCGCAAAGUGCGGAGUGUGGAGCUGGACCAGCUGCCCGAGUCACCACUCUUCCUCACCGCCUCUCCGCCGUCCUCCUCCACUUCCCCGUCGCCGGAGCCCGCGGACGCGGCUGCGGGUGGAAGCAGUUUCCAGCCUGUGGCGGUGCCGCAGCUCCACGGACCCACGAGCCGCGGCGGCGGCGCCCACCCUCUGGAGCCAGCGGCCGCGCCGGACAGCGGCGCCCCGAACCCCGUGGGGGCCGAGCCCGGGGAAAAACCGGCGCCUGCCGCCGAGCCGCCUCCUGCAGCGGCCCCCGCCGGUCGUGAGAUGGAGAGUAAGGAAACUCUCAAAGGCUUGCACAAGAUGGACGAUCGCCCAGAGGAACGAAUGAUCAGGGAGAAACUGAAGGCCACCUGUAUGCCAGCCUGGAAACACGAAUGGUUGGAAAGGAGAAACAGGAGAGGUCCUGUGGUGGUAAAACCAAUCCCUAUUAAAGGAGAUGGAUCUGAAAUAAAUAACGUGGCAGCUGAAUCUCAAGGAGAGGUCCUGGCAAGUGCUGCUUCACCAGCUCCCAAAGGCCGUCGGAGCCCAUCUCCUGGUAGCUCCCCAUCUGGUCGCACAGUAAAAUCAGAAUCUCCAGGAGUAAGGAGAAAAAGAGUUUCCCCAGUGCCUUUUCAGAGCGGCAGAAUCACACCACCUCGAAGAGCCCCUUCCCCGGAUGGCUUCUCACCGUACAGCCCUGAGGAAACAAACCGCCGUGUGAACAAAGUGAUGCGGGCCAGGCUGUACUUACUGCAGCAAAUAGGACCCAACUCUUUCCUGAUCGGAGGAGACAGCCCCGACAACAAGUACCGAGUGUUUAUUGGGCCACAGAACUGCAGCUGUGGGCGUGGAACAUUUUGUAUUCAUCUAUUAUUUGUUAUGCUCCGGGUGUUUCAACUAGAACCCUCAGAUCCAAUGUUAUGGAGAAAAACUUUAAAAAAUUUUGAGGUUGAGAGUUUGUUCCAGAAAUAUCACAGUAGGCGUAGCUCAAGAAUCAAAGCUCCAUCUCGUAACACCAUCCAGAAGUUUGUUUCACGCAUGUCAAAUUCUCAUACAUUGUCAUCAUCUAGUACUUCUACAUCUAGUUCAGAAAACAGCAUAAAGGAUGAAGAAGAGCAAAUGUGUCCUAUUUGCUUGUUGGGCAUGCUUGAUGAAGAAAGUCUUACAGUGUGUGAAGAUGGCUGCCGGAACAAGCUGCACCACCACUGCAUGUCCAUCUGGGCAGAAGAAUGUAGAAGAAAUAGAGAACCUUUAAUAUGUCCCCUUUGUAGGUCUAAGUGGAGAUCCCACGAUUUCUACAGCCAUGAGUUGUCAAGUCCCGUGGAUUCCCCUUCUUCCCUGCGUGCUGCACAACAGCAAACCACACAGCAGCAACCUUUGGCUGGAUCACAAAGAAGGAAUCAAGAGAGCAAUUUUAACCUUACUCAUUAUGGAACUCAGCAGAUCCCUCCUGCUUAUAAGGAUUUAGCUGAGCCAUGGAUUCAGGUGUUUGGAAUGGAACUCGUUGGCUGCUUAUUUUCUAGAAACUGGAAUGUAAGAGAGAUGGCUCUCAGGCGUCUUUCCCAUGAUGUUAGUGGGGCCCUGCUGUUGGCCAAUGGGGAGAGCACUGGAAAUUCUGGGGGCAGUGGUGGAAGCAGCCCAAAUGCUGGAGCCACUAGCGGGUCUUCCCAGGCCAGCAUCUCAGGAGAUGUGGUGGAGGCCUGCUGCAGCGUCUUAUCGAUGGUCUGUGCUGACCCUGUCUACAAAGUGUACGUUGCUGCUUUAAAAACUUUAAGAGCCAUGCUGGUAUAUACUCCUUGCCACAGUUUGGCAGAGAGAAUCAAACUUCAGAGACUUCUCCGGCCAGUUGUAGACACCAUCCUAGUCAAGUGUGCAGAUGCCAAUAGCCGUACAAGUCAGCUGUCCAUAUCAACACUGUUGGAAUUGUGUAAAGGCCAAGCAGGAGAGCUGGCAGUUGGUAGAGAAAUACUUAAAGCGGGAUCCAUUGGUAUUGGUGGUGUGGAUUAUGUCUUAAAUUGUAUUCUUGGAAACCAAACUGAAUCGAACAACUGGCAGGAACUCCUGGGCCGCCUUUGUCUUAUUGAUAGACUGUUAUUGGAAUUUCCUGCUGAAUUUUAUCCUCACAUUGUCAGUACUGAUGUUUCACAAGUUGAGCCUGUUGAAAUCAGGUAUAAGAAGCUGCUGUCCCUCUUAACCUUUGCCUUGCAGUCCAUUGAUAAUUCCCACUCGAUGGUUGGUAAACUCUCUCGAAGGAUAUAUUUGAGUUCUGCAAGAAUGGUUACCGCAGUACCCCAUGUGUUUUCAAAACUGUUAGAAAUGCUGAAUGUUUCCAGUUCCACUCACUUCACCAGGAUGCGUCGUCGUUUGAUGGCUAUUGCUGAUGAGGUGGAAAUUGCUGAGGCCAUCCAGCUGGGCAUAGAAGACACCUUGGAUGGUCGACAGGACAGCUUUUUGCAAGCAUCUGCCUCUAAUAGCUAUCCAGAAGCCACAGAGAACAGUUCCCUUGAGCUCACAGUACAUUUAGAGAAAACUGGAAAAGGAUUAUGUGCUACAAAAUUGAGUGCCAGUUCAGAGGACAUUUCUGACAGACUGGCCAGCAUUUCAGUAGGACUUCACAGUUCCACUACAACAAUGGAGCAACCAAAGCCAAUGGUUCAAACAAAAGGCAGACCCCACAGUCAAUGUUUGAACUCCUCUCCUUUGUCUCAUCAUUCCCAAUUAAUGUUCCCAGGCUCAUCGACCCCUUCUUCAUCUGCCCCAUCUGUACCAGCUGGCUCUGUAACAGAUGCCUCUAAGCAUAGACCUCAGGGUUUUAUUCCCUGCAAAAUACCUUCUGCAUCUCCUCAAACACAACGCAAGUUUUCUCUACAAUUCCAGAGAAACUGUUCUGAAAACAAAGACUCAGAUAAACUUUCUCCAAUCUUUACUCAGUCAAGACCCUUACCCUCCAGUAACAUACACAGGCCAAAGCCAUCUCGACCCACCCCUGGUAAUACAAGUAAACAGGGAGAUGUUUCAAAACAUAGCAUGACACUUGAUCUAAACAGUACUUCCAAAUGUGAUGACAGCUUUGGCAGUAGCAGCAAUAGUAGUAAUGCUGUUAUACCCAGUGACGAGACAGUGUUCACACCAGUAGAGGAGAAAUGCAGAUUAGAUGUCAAUACAGAACUCAAUUCCAGUAUUGAAGACCUUCUUGAGGCAUCUAUGCCUUCAAGUGACACAACAGUCACUUUUAAGUCAGAAGUUGCUGUCCUCUCUCCUGAAAAGUCUGAAAGUGAUGAUACCUACAAAGAUGAUGUGAAUCAUAAUCAAAAGUGCAAAGAAAAAAUGGAAGCUGAAGAAGAAGAAGCUUUAGCAAUUGCCAUGGCAAUGUCAGCGUCUCAGGAUGCCCUCCCCAUAGUUCCUCAACUACAGGUUGAAAAUGGAGAAGAUAUUAUCAUUAUUCAACAGGAUACACUAGAGACUCUACCAGGACAUACCAAAGCAAAACAACCUUACAGAGAAGACACUGAAUGGCUGAAAGGUCAGCAGAUAGGCCUUGGAGCAUUUUCUUCUUGUUAUCAGGCACAAGAUGUGGGAACUGGAACUUUAAUGGCUGUUAAACAGGUGACAUAUGUCAGAAACACAUCUUCUGAGCAAGAAGAAGUUGUUGAAGCAUUAAGAGAAGAGAUAAGAAUGAUGAGCCAUCUGAAUCAUCCGAACAUCAUUAGGAUGUUAGGAGCCACAUGUGAGAAGAGCAAUUACAAUCUCUUUAUCGAAUGGAUGGCAGGAGGAUCUGUGGCUCAUCUGCUGAGUAAAUAUGGAGCCUUCAAGGAAUCAGUAGUCAUUAACUACACUGAACAGUUACUUCGUGGCCUUUCUUACCUCCAUGAAAACCAGAUCAUUCACAGAGAUGUCAAAGGUGCCAAUUUGCUAAUCGACAGCACAGGUCAGAGGCUCAGAAUUGCAGAUUUUGGAGCUGCAGCCAGGUUGGCUUCAAAAGGAACUGGUGCAGGAGAGUUUCAGGGACAGUUAUUGGGGACAAUUGCAUUUAUGGCACCUGAGGUCCUGAGAGGUCAGCAGUAUGGUAGGAGCUGUGAUGUAUGGAGUGUUGGCUGUGCUAUUAUAGAAAUGGCUUGUGCAAAACCACCUUGGAAUGCGGAAAAACACUCCAAUCACCUUGCUUUGAUAUUUAAGAUUGCUAGUGCAACUACUGCCCCAUCAAUCCCUUCACAUCUGUCUCCUGGCUUACGUGAUGUGGCUCUUCGUUGUUUAGAACUUCAACCUCAGGACAGACCUCCAUCAAGAGAGCUACUGAAGCAUCCAGUCUUCCGUACAACAUGGUAGCCAAUUUAUACAAAUAAAAACUGUAAUAGAGACAGGAUGCUCAACAAGGAAAAAAAACUUUCGUGGGGAACCACGUUGAUAUUCUACUGGCCUUCAUGCCACUGUACAGCUAUGAAUGAGGCCAGUGGGGAACCCUUACCUAAGUAUGUGAUUGACAAAUCAUGAUCUGUACCUAAGCUCAAUAUGCAAAAGUCCACAAAUUGUGCAGAAACUGUAAACCGUGCCUUUCAACGAACUGGCCCUAGGUGAACAGGAAAGCAAUGACGUUUGCAUGACUAAACAGAAGCAUAAUUUUAUUUUUUUGGAGCACUUUUUCAGCAAUAUUAGCAGCUGAGGGGCUCAGGAUCUAUUUUAAUGUUUCAGUUAUUCUUCCAUUUCAUAUAGUGAUCACAAGCAGGGGGUUCUACAAUUCCGUUCCUUUUUUUUCUUUUUUUUUUGGUCACUGGCUAUAAAAAUCAGUAUCUGCCUCUUUUAGGUCAGAGUAUGGUAUGAGUAGCAGUAAAUACAUAAUUUUUUAAAGUUGAUAUCUUCUUGACCCACAAUUGACUUUUUUUUUUUUUUUAAAUGCCUGGGCAAUUGUGGUUCAUGUGCAUUUUACUGUUGGCCCAUUCAUUUCGUUUUUGGAAAUUAUGGUUCUGUAUUUUCAUUUCACCUUCAUUUUUCUUUAAUAUUCAGGGAAAGGUGAUCUUUUCAAACCAGAAAAAAAAAAUAGAACUAGGUGUGAAUUAGAAUUUAUUAAAUAUCUUGCUAUUGCAAGAGUUUUUAACUACAGAUUGAAAAAUUUUUAAUUGGAAUAUAAUAAAGUACUGCCUAUAUUGAGUCAGUCACUACUUUUACUGUGCAAGUUAAAUAUAAAUUAACAAAAUCAACUGUUCAGCUUACAAUCAAGAACAGGAUUACCUUGAAAUUUAUUUGAAUUUUUUUAGUGUUUCGGUUUCUUUCGCUAAAUGGUAGGAAACUUCACACCAUUUAAGACUUACUCUUUAUAUAACAAUCCAUCAUUCAUCAUUACCAUUGAUUAUAAAAUGUAACUGCUAUAUUCCUUCCACCAUGCAUCGUCUCUUUAAACUAGGUAUAGCUGAUAAAGAAAAAGUAACCUAAUUACUCAACUAUUAAUCAGUAAAUUUUUAAAAAAUAAAUUUGCUUUGAACUUAGAAAAAGUGUUCAGAAAAAAAAGUGAAAUUGAAUUUCAUUUACAUAAUAAUUCCUUGAAUUUUGUGCAGUUAUUUAAUGGUUUUAAUCUGGAGUUGAAUUCAGAUGCAUGGAAUUCUGAAGGAAAAUGGUAGCUCUCUUAUCCUUUCAUGUAUGUGAGUCUUUUAAAUCAUGUACUGAUUAACUAUUAAACACAACUUUGAGAUGUUAAGUUUUAACUCUUCAGAAGCCAGUGUGAAAUAGAAUUGGUUAAUCUCAAAGACUCAGGAUAAACUAAAUAAGCUAUAUAGAGUACAUUUAGAAUGUACAACACAAAUUGGAAGUAAAAGAAGUUACAAGAUAAGUUUACAGGGAUAUAUUGCUAUAAUUUUUAAAAGGCAGUUUUUUUUUUUAAUGUGAUUGUGUUUCUUAGUGAAAUUUUACAUUCCUUUGUUUUGGAAGAUUGGCAAUAUUUGAAGAGUUAAAAAUAGUACAGAAAUGUGAAGUUUGGUAGCUCUAAAUGUGUUGUACUUUGCUUUUUUAUUUUGUUUUUGUUUUUGGUUUUUUUGACUACUUAGAAUUUUCACAAUUCUAAUAAGAUUGUUUCCAAGUCUCUCAAGUGCAAGCUUUAAAGGACGCACUCUUGCCAUUUUAUGUACUGGAAGAUCAUUGGUCAGAUUAAUACUGUGUCUGACAGAAAUGUAAACUGUAUAAACUGAGGAACCUCAGCUAAUCAGUAUUACUUUGUAGAUCACCAUGCCCACCACAUUUCAAACUCAAACUAUUUCUAGAUGUCAAUCCACUGUGUUUGAGUUUGUUUGCAGUUCCCUCAGCUUGCUGGUAAUUGUGGUGUUUUGUUUUUUGUUUUGUUUUCAAUGCAAAUGUGAUGUGAUAUUCUAUUUUCUUUGGAUCAAAGCUGGACUGAAAAUUGUAUUGUGUAAUUAUUUUUGUGUUCUUAAUGUUAUUUGGUACACAAAUUGUAAAUAACGUCUACUGCUGUUUAUUCCAGUUUCUACUACCUCAGGUGUCCUAUAGAUUUUUCUUCUACCAAAGUUCACUUUCAUAACGAAAUUAUAUUUGCUGUGUGACUAUGAUUCCUAAGACUUCCAGGGCUUAAGGGCUAACUUCUAUUAGCACCUUACUAUGUAAACAAAUGUUACAAAAAAAAAAAAAAAAAAAUCUCUGGGUUAAGAAAAUUUGGCUUAAAUGUAUCCUUUGUUAUUUUAAAUAUAUCAAGAUAUUUUAAUUAAAAUUUUUACCCCAUUGAACCAAUUUUAUAGUAUUUGUACCUAUUUUGGUGUUUUGUCUUUAUAGUAAAUAAAAAUUUUUGAACAAAA